GCAAAUGGAAAACUUCCUGGACGAGUUUCUCUCGACGGCGGCGCCGACGGAGGCUCAGCGAGUGAUGGAGAAGGAGGCGCUCCAGGAACUGGAACUUUUUCUUUUAUAGCUGCUAGACGUGGGAUUGCCGUGCAGGACCCCUUUGGAUGGAACAGGUGGCGUUCACUUGUAAUUAGAGGGCGUCAAAUUCCCGGAGGAAGACGGCGGAGGAGCGGACGACGGUCAUGCCGGUGGCCCAGUGCGACCUGUUGCCGGAAGGCGAGGCCGAAGAGGGCGACCUGACGGCGGCCACGCUGUGCGGCAGCCCCGCCGCGGACGUGCUCAAGAAGUUCUACCACACCAAGCGGGUCGGCAACUACCUGAUCGGGAGGAAGCUGGGCGAGGGCUCCUUCGCCAAAGUCAGGGAGGGGCUGCACGCCCUCACCGGGGAAAAGGUGGCGGUGAAGGUGAUCGACAAGCGCAAGGCCAAGAAGGACUCGUACGUGACCAAGAACCUGCGGCGCGAGGGCCACAUCCAGCAGAUGAUCCGCCACCCCAACAUCACGCAGCUGCUGGACAUCCUGGAGACGGAGAACAGCUACUACCUGGUGAUGGAGUUGUGCCCCGGCGGCAACCUCAUGAACCGCAUCUACGACAGGAAGCGGCUGGACGAGCGCCAGACGCAGAAGUUCAUCCGCCAGCUGGUGCUCGCCGUCGAGCACCUGCACAGGGCCGGCGUCGUGCACAGAGACCUCAAGAUCGAAAACCUUCUGUUAGAUGAGCAGGACAACAUCAAGCUCAUCGAUUUUGGCCUGAGCAACUGCGCCGGCAUCCUGGGUUACUCGGACCCCUUCAGCACCCAGUGCGGGAGUCCGGCCUACGCUGCCCCGGAACUGCUCUCCAGGAAGAAGUACGGACCCAAAGUGGACGUCUGGUCCAUCGGCGUCAACAUGUACGCCAUGCUGACGGGCACGCUGCCCUUCACCGUGGAGCCCUUCAGCCUGCGGGCGCUGCACCAGAAGAUGGUGGACAAGGAGAUGAACCCGCUGCCGCCCUCGCUGUCCACAGCCGCCAUCUGCCUUCUGAAGAAGCUCCUGGAGCCCGACCCCAACAAGCGGCCCAACAUCCACCAGGUGAUGGCCGACUCGUGGCUGCAGCUGGCCAACAGGAACACGGGGGCGCCCUACCUCAACAGGAUCCACAUCGAGGAGAUCAACCACACAGUCCUGCUGCACAUGACCGAGAAGAUGGCCUACAAGCACAGUGAAGUCCUCAGCGCCGUACUCACCAACCACGCCUGCCACACGCUGGCCGUCUACUUCCUGCUCAACAAGAAAAUGAAGAGGCUCUCCAAAGAGUACCGGGAGAUGCAGUUCCAGGAGAAGACCAAGAAGGGCGACAAGCCCAAGAACGAGUACUUCCAGACGCAGUGGCGCAAGCACGUGGACAAGCUGACCAUCCCGCCCAAACAGGCGCCCGUCUACCUGGCCGUGAGCAAAGGGCCCAGCAAGGACAAGAAGCACCGCACCGGACUGCUCCGUGCUAUAACCGGGGGCCAUCGCAACUCCCCGCUGGCGCCGCCGGGCACGGUGGCGUCGUCGUCCAUGGAGUACCUGGAGAUCCAGCCUCUCUUCUCGUCCCACACGCCCCAGCAGCGCCGCCGCUUGGCCACCAUGCCGCCGGUCAACAACAGCGGCAGCCCCGAGCACGGCGUGCCCGCCCCGCCCGCGCCCUCCCCCAUCGGCAUGCACUCGUUCGGCUCGCUCUCCAAGGCCGAGCGGCUGGACGACACGCCCGCCUCGCCUUGGUACAAGCUGACUAACGGGACGCUGUCGCCGCCCCGCCACGUCUCCGCCUUCCAGCCCGACUCUUCCUACCUGAAGAAGGCCACCGUCCCGAGUCCCCCCGUGCUCAUCGUUCACCCGCAGCCCAAGAAGAGCGUCUCCGUCGACUGGGGCGGCGGUUUCUCCUCGGACACCGGCAGCGGCCCGCCCAGCGCGGCGGGGAGCCCGCCCGGCGGCUCGGCCUUCAGCCCGCCCAAGUCGGCUUUCAGCCCGCUCAAUCCGCUGUCCGCCUUCAGCCCCCCGUCCAAUCCCGGCGGCGGCGGUAGCGGCGGCGGCAGCAGCGAUCCCGACAGCCCCACGCAGCGCGCCAAGUUCCCCUGCGUGGGCGUCGGCCUGGCGUUCAAGAAGAAAGUCCAGUUGCAGCCCUUCAGCUUCCGACCCGAGCAAGUGGUGGAGGAGGUGGUGUCCCCGCCCCCCUACCCCAUGCAGACUCUGCUGUGUGCGUCGGGGGCGCUCAAGACCCUCUGCUGA